CUUUCACCAGUAAGAAUAUUUAUUUAGCCUAAAGGCACCAGUAGGACUUCAUUGUUGAGUGUGGUUCAUUAGCAUUGUGUGUUGAUACACCUUGUUGCAUAAUAGACAUUUGAUUGCCACAUCACCUUCUGCAUAAUAUUUCAUAAUAUGUCUAUUGUGUGAAUAGUGUACCCUACAUUUAAUGUGUUGUAUACUAUACUAAAAGUAAGUGAGGUUGGUGGACAUCUUUACAGUAUCAUAUCAAAAAGAAUAGAAGAAUGGAGAAAUUAACUGAUAUUGAGCUAACUAGUAUUGAUACUACAGAUCCUAAACCAAGAUCUUUUUAUGAUGCUUCAGCUAUUCUUAUUCAGGAGGAUGAUAUUGAAACACCAUAUGGAAACAUGCAUGUUGCUAUUCAAGGUGAUAGAUCCAAGAUGCCUAUUGUAACCUUUCAUGACAUCGGGUUAAAUCAUGUGACAUGUUUCCAAGGAUUUUUCAGUUUCUCUGAAAUGCAGCCAAUACUUCACCACUUCAGUGUUUACCACAUAAAUGCUCCUGGACAGGAAGAAGGUGCCCUUCAUUUGAAACCUGAACAUGAUGCAUUGGGUAAUCCUGAUUCUCUGGGUAACAGGUUUGUUUAUCCGACCAUGGAUCAAUUAGCGGAAGCAGUUCAUCAUGUUGUAGAGCAUUAUGGAAUGAAGAGAUUUAUUGGAUUUGGUGUUGGAGCUGGAGCAAAUAUUUUAAGUCGAUAUGCUCUGAGUCAUCCUGAUAGUAUUGAUUCUUUGGCUUUGGUUAAUGCAACAGCAACACCGGCAGGCUGGAUUGAAUGGGGAUACCAAAAGAUGAAUUCCUGGUAUCUAUUUAGUGGGCAAGUGACUAAUUUCACAGAAGAAUAUCUACUGUGGCAUUGGUUUGGAAAGAAAACAAGAUGGGAGAAUCAUGAUUUGAUCACCUGUUAUAAAGAAUACAUGAAGUCUGUAAAUGCCCAGAAUUUAGGUCUAUUCAUCGAAUCUUAUCUGAAACGUUCAGAUUUAGGAAUUGUGCGAGAGAUGGAUCUGAUGAAAAAAGCUGCUUCUAGAACAAUCAAAUGUCGUUCAUUGGUUUUAGUUGGUGAUAGUUCUCCUCAUAUAGAUGAAGUAGUUGACAUGAAUGGUAAAAUGGAUCCAUCAGAAACAGAUUUUAUGAAGAUUGCUGAUUGUGGUGGUAUGCCUUUAGAAGAACAACCAGGAAAAGUCUGUGAAGCUUUUCUUUUCUUUUUACAAGGCAUGGGUUACAUUCCCUCUCUACACCAGACAAAAAGUGCAGCUGCCACUAUUUCAGCCAAUCAGAUGAACCACUUUAAUAAUUUAAAUAAUGCUCAGCAUGUUUCACCCCAGGUUUGUUAGAAUUGGUAACUGACUCAGAAACAAACCCUCUGUUUUGCAAAUGUAGAAAAAGAAAAUUAUUCAUUAUAAUUUGAUACUAGUAUUGAUUUUAAAACCACUACAAUUAGCCAUCUAGUGACUUUAUGUGACUCGUAUAUGAGUAGUGCUGUACAAUUAUGCUUCAUGUACAUGUAUUUGAGCAGAGUUUAUAAUGUUGGCCAACCUUAGAGGUGCCGUUUAAAUAUAUAUAUCAAUACAUACUCACCAUGUCUGUUGUAUGUGGCUAACAUCUCAGUCCCUGUUAAAAUAUUUGAGACUAAUUAUUCCGUUCAGUUGAUGUAUAACGCAUGAAUUUAAUGUUCAUUCCUAAAAGACUUUCCAUGUCACCAAGAAUCAAAUAUUUUUAUUAAAUAUCUUCAAAUUUUAUCUGUAAUAUUUCAGUAAUAUCUGUGGUCACAUAAAAUGCAUAUUAUAUGUUAAACCAGGCAGUACAAGCUGUUUGUAUUAUUGAAUUGUAUUAUAUUUUUAUGUUGCUAAUAUUAUGGAUUGUUUAGAAACUGUGAUCUGAUUAAGAUAAGAUGUGUAUGUAUGUGCGAAAGAAGAUAUGUUUUUAAUUGGCUUAUUUAUGUAUUCUUUGUUGAAAUGUAUUUAAUGAAGUUAACAUAUUAAAUUGUUAUAAAAUUUAACUGUAUAUGUACAAUUUUAUGAUCAUUAAUUUUGUAGGUUGUCACAUAUUUAUGGAUUACAAACUAACAUAUGUAUACAUAUUAUAAACAACCUAUAUUUAUUACAUGUUUAUAUUGCUACCAUGGCAACAGGUUUUUUUUUUCUUGUUUUACUGCCUUGACCAAAAUUGCAACAUGCAUCUUUGUGAAUGCUUUUAUAUAAUAGACAAAAGCAUUGUUUCAUAACAGCCAUACGACUUCAUUUUCACCAGUAACCUUAGAGGUUUUUCAAUCAUCAUAAUUAAUCAAGUACAAUGCAAUUUUUUGUUUGAUGUAAAUAUUGUAUAUUCAUGUUAUUUUAAUGAAAGUUUUAGUUUCCAGCCAUAAUUCACUAGUAGUAGGAUUUUAUAACAACAAUAAAUGAUAUAAAACAAAAGUUUUAAUUGAAUAUUUUAAUAUUUUUUAUAAAAUCAGAAAACAUGAAGAUAAGUUAGGUUACUAUUAUUCUUUAGUAUUGUACAAUUUGGUAAUACCAUAUGAACUAAAAACAAGAGUUGAAAAUGAAUUAAAUUGCCAUUAUACCAGUCUAGUGCUGGAUAUUGCCACUGCAGGCACGAUACAAUACAUAUUGCGAUUCAGGUGCUACAAUACGAUUCAUAUUACGAUUCACAACCAGGUCAAUAUAUACCAAGAAAUCAACAGGAUAAAUGAAUAAUUGAUAUUUUUAGUCCUGCCGAUGUUGUAGAAAUAAAACUGUUUUAUAAAACGAUAUUGCUGUGGAUCAAAAUAAGGACCAAAACAAUUUAAGAGAAAGUGAAUCGUAAUACAUCGAUUCAAAGAUACAUCGUGCUAGCACUAUACCAGUCUAUACAAUUUUCUAUAUUAUGGUUGGUUCCAUGCAGUUAUUAUCUGAAUUGUCAUGAAUUUAUUUCAAUAUUUUACUCUGUUUUAUCAGUUGACAAUUUAUAUUCCUCAUUCAUUAUUUAAUAUAAGAUCAUUGUUAUACAAGCCAUGAAUAUGGUCUAGAUGCUUUGGUCAUUAAUAAAGUUCUUUGCAGAAUU